AUGGCUGCCUUCGCCUUCUCCGCCCCCGCGCUUCGUGCGGCCGUCGUCGCGAUGCUACUGCUGCUGGCGCUGCCGACGCAGGCCUGGUGGGACAAGGGCCACAUGUCCGUCGCCGAGAUCGCGCGGCGCAAUCUCAAGCCCAAUGUGCAGGCAAAGGUGCAGGCCUGCGCCGACGUGCUCAACAAAAAUGGCCCCUUCCCCAAGAGCACCAACAUCGUCGAGCUCGGCCCCUGGGCGGACGACCUCAAGUCCAUGGGCCUCAGCACCAUGUCCAGCUGGCACUUCAUCGACACCAUCUACAACCCGCAGGACGUCAAGAUCACCAUCAACCCCGUCGACAUCGUCAACGUCGCCUCCGUCAUCCCGCUGCUCAUCAGCGCCAUCAUGAGCCCCACCGCCACCUCCGAUAUCAUCACCACCUCCGUCGCAAACCUCAUCCACUUCGUCGGCGACAUCCACAUGCCGCUGCACAGCGCCGACCUCUUCUCGCCCGAGUACCCGCUUGGCGACUUCGGCGGCAACAAGCAGACUGUCAUCGUCAACGAGACCUCCGGCACGUCCAUGAAGCUGCACGCCUUCUGGGACUCCAUGUGCGAGGGCCCGCAGGACUACUCCGUGCGCCCCCUCGACAAAGACGACUACGCCGAACUCUCCGCCUUCGUAGACAACCUUGUCACGUCGUACUCCUUCACCGAGGAGCAGAUGAUGAUGACCAACUCCACCAUCAUGGCGGCCGAGAGCUACGAGCUAGCCGUCAAGAACGUCUACCCCGGUAUCUCCAACGGCACCGUGCUGUCCGAGACGUACAAGGCCAAUGGCAAGAUCCUCGCCGCCGGCCGCGUCACGCUGGCCGGCUACCGCCUUGCCACCAUCCUCAACACCGCGCUCGCCGGCGUGUCCGUGGACACCAUUAUGAACGGCACGAAGCACAUGCAGGACGAGGUUGAGGUCACUCACACUGGUGAUACCUAUAACUACUACGCCUUCUCCGGGGUUGAGAGCGGCGCUGCCGCCGGCAUCUUCAUCUCCUCCUUCGCCAUCGGCUGCCUGCUUGCCACCGCCGUCGUGCUCGCCAUCCUCUACACGCGCCGCGGCAGCUCAAAGGACGAGAGGGCCGCCGCUGCCUCCGCGAACCACAGAAUCUGA